AAUCGAACGAUUGGAGCACAUACAAUGUUCGAUUUCGCGCUCUUGCCGCAUGGUAGUAUAUAACGUAAAAGUAUAUAACUUACAUAAAUACAGAUUUUUUCGCUAAUGUAAAAUGCGCUGAAUGAGGAAGACGAGAAAACACAGUGAAAAAGAUACACUCGGUGAUAAAGGAAUAAAUCAAUAUGGCAGAACAACAAACUCCACCUGGUUUCAAGCAAAUAAGUUUAGAUAAGAUUAUCGAAGCUAUGACUUUGGAAGGCUCAAGCGGUCAUUAUGUUCAAUUCGGUGUUAAUCCACAGCAAGCAACGUCUCAUAAUUGGGGAGAUUAUGCAUCUGGACAAAGCAGACAUCAUAUAACCGGUCAACCAACCCAUUCAAAUCAUCCUUCGGGAAUGCAAACUAUAACACCAAUGACUACUUCUUUGUAUAUGCAAGAUAUGCCAAGUUACGACACUACAGCCACUGACUCAAUAUACUAUCCACCACAGACAGUGAAUCACUUAGGUAUCAAUGAAAAUAAUGAUUUGAUUGGCACCAUUGAUGUUGGAGGUGGAAAUUAUAUCAAUGUCAUUUAUGGAAAUGCUUCUCAACUUAUGGCUGAACAAUGCCAACUUCCAAAUAUGACACCGUACUCAAGUCAAAAUAUUGUUAAUCAGGAGUAUGGUCUUUUCAAUGAUCAACAUUUAUCUGUAUCACCCGAUAUGCCAAGUCAGAAUUUUAAUGGGAAACAGUUGAUUGAAAAUUUGGUCGGUAAUUGGGUUCCAAAUCAAUCUGGGACGUACAGCCCGUUUGGCGGAUCUCCUAAUGUUACACCUGCGCCACAGCCUGUACCGGAUAAACGAGAUCUCGAAGAAUUACCGAGAAACACAUCCGAUUCUCAGUACAAAAAACCACGGAUGGUGGCGGAGGUAAAACCGAUGCGACCCUCUUACUCCGAUGUAUUGACAAAAUCUGCGCCAGCUCCGCCGUCUCCGUUAACGGUGCAGCCCACAAAGCCAAAAGUUGAGGUGACAGGUAAAAAGAUCUCAAACAAGAAUACUAAAAAUAAGAACAAACCUGCGUCAUUAAAGAGACAGAAUUCGUCCGGCAGUGACGAUCACAACUCUCCGAAGAUGCAAAUACCUAAAAAGGUUCUGGAAAAAAAUUCGUCCAAUCUUCCGAGACGUUGGGUGUCUCUGGACAACCUUGGUUCGCAAUCCGAUUCCCGUCAGAUAAACGCUUUCGACAGAUCCGAUCAGUUUACUUCGGAAAAAAAGAAACCUCCCGUCAAACCGUUGAAGAAAACAGAAAAAAAUGAAACUCUUAAUAACAUCAAAACGCAAAACAGCAACUCUAAAAUCACCGGAAAUAUCCCGAAACGUCCAAUACAGAUAAAUAACAAUUUAAAUACGAUUAAUACUUCCAGUCAAACGGUUCCGUCUGAGAAAGUGGAGAAGAAUCAACAGAUAAUUAACAAAAUAAGCAAGGAGGACAAGAAAGCGGUCAAAGAGAAGAAUUCUAAACGUUUUCAAGCUGAAAAGGCUCAGCAGAUUAAAAAGGGACAGAGAAAUAGAAGAAGAGAAAAUAGGGAGUCUCCUGUUAAAGAUUUGUAUAAAAAUUUAAAUAAGUACGCGACUCGUUGGAGCAAAGUUGUAUUGAAAAUCUUUUACUGGCUGCUGCAUCUUAUUUCCGAUGUAGUUAGCAUGAGUGCCAAUCUGGUUGUUCAGCUCGGCAAAUGUGCUUGGUAUCACAUUUUAGUUUAUUUGAAAUGUUGGUGGGUGUACAUGGCUGUGACAUUUUGUAAAAUUCGCAUUCUAAAUAUUAUCGGUAAGCAAUUGGAUAGCUGGCUCGGUAGUACAAAAUUUGCGUUCUGGCGAAAGAUAAAUAUUAAGAAAAACGAGGAGAAGGAUGGCAAUUGGAUUCGCGGUGGGUUAGAAAGUAACAUCGCGUUACCCAGCACCGGUGAGGAAGCGAUGAAGAGAUUAUUGGCGUGUAAAGGAAAGGAUCCUUACAGCAUACUCGGCGUUACGCCAACUUGUUCGGAUGACGAUAUUAAAAAGUACUACAAGCGUCAAGCUUUCUUAGUUCAUCCGGAUAAAAAUAAUCAGCCGGGAGCGGAAGAAGCGUUUAAAAUUCUGGUACACGCCUUUGAUAUUAUUGGAGAACCGGAACGUAGGCAAGCGUUUGAUCAGACUAGACAAGUCGAAGCGGCAUGGAGUGAACUGAGCGACUUACUGUCUCAACUUCAACGAAAAAUGGAACAAGCGGCAAAUACGAUAAGAUGUACAAAUUGUGGCUUAAGACACAAACGUGUUCCUACACAACGUCCCUGUUAUGCCGCACGGUUUUGCGCUCAAUGCAAAAUACGUCACAGCGCGAAAGAAGGUGAUAUUUGGGCAGAGUCUCGCUUAAUGGGUUUUCUAUGGCACUAUUACGCAUGCAUGGAAGGAGCGGUGUAUGACGUGACCGACUGGGCCGCUUGCCAAGCUGGGAAUCUCAAGCAUCUUAGAGCAAAUACGCAUAGUGUCCAAUACAGAAUCGUCUUAGGACAAAGAUUAUCAUCUCAAACAUCCGUUAGCGGUAGAAGACGGCAACAGAUAGAUCCAAAUACCAGCGAAGCGGAUUUUGAGGACUUUCUAAACAAUCUUUACAACCACAGCCAAUCGGCUAACAGUAAUCCAUUGGGGGAUCAAAACUCGUUUAGAGGGGAUUCCAGACGACGUAAAACUAAGCGUAAGAAGUAAAAAAGCAAAGGCAAUGGCAAAAUAACUUUUUGGUAUCGAACAUGAUAUAAUUGAAAACUGCGCGUUAUAAAUGCAUACUAUACACAAUGAGAUUUAUAUCUACUAUCCGUAAACAAUUAACAUUAGCAUAUAUAGAUAUUACAAAAAAAAUAUUCAUGAAAUACUAAUAUUUGACUGAUACAGCAUAUGAGAUUAUGAAAAAAUGAUUUAUGUUUUGUUUUGUUUUGUUUAUGACAAACACUCCAUGUCGUAAUUAUUGCAUCAAGUAGAAGUCAUGACUUGCACACUAAAAGGUUUCAACAAUGGUCAAGAGAGUAUCAUAAUAACCGACGAAAACAUGAUAAGAUAACUUACUGUAUUUAUCAGUACAAGAAUCAAUAAGUUUGCCAGUUUAAAAUUAUGCAAAACUUUUAAAACUGAAUAUAUAUAUAUAUACAUAUACAUAUAAAGAUGCCAAAUAAUAAUGGUUGUAGACUUGUAGAUAAUAAGAAAAAAUAUUGUACGAACUUACAUUUGUGCAUUUGAACAUUUUAAUACACAUGUGCAUUUUUGAUAAUUUAUAUAAUACAACUUGAUGUUUUCACAGAGAUAGAAAAACAAUAUUUUACUACAUCAUAGAAAACUGUAUUUCGUUUUGUCUUCUUUUAUCUUUUUUUCUGGAUAACAUAAAUGUAUCUUUAAAUUAUGCAGUUUAGAAAUUAACAUAAAAAAUUGUUUUAAAAUGUCAAGAAAUUUUUUUUAAUCUUGGAAGUUUUUAAAAUUAACAAUGUUUCAAAACGUGAAAUGAUAAUUUCCACCUGGAAACCACGCACAAGAACUUAAAAUAACUGGCAAAUAUGAAAAAGGUUGAUUUUUUUCUCUUAUUCUGUUACUCUCUCUCUCUCUCUCUCUCUCUAUCUUCUCUUGUAUGAAGCUAUAUAAGAGAACCAGUGUGUGCAAAUUCCACUCUCUUAAUACAUGUUUACUUGUGUAUCUACUACAGAGCGCUAGAAUGGGAAAAAAAAAAAACGUGUAUAUGUACGCAAUGUUACGUUCCUGAAGCUGCACUGGCGAUCUCAUUGUCUUAAGUGCAAAAAACUGAUGAAAACCAUCCUUUUACACAAUUUUAUUCUUUCUACAAAAUACUUCGUAAAUAGAAAGAAGAGUGCAACAAGAAUAAAACUUAUUAAUAUUUUGUUUUAUCAGCAAUACUCACACAUUGCGUAUAUGUAUACAUUAAUAAUAUAACUACUUUUUACAGGUGAUAACAUCUACCAAGUAACUUAUAUACACUGUAAUGACUAUAAAUUUUAAUUACUACAACAAUUUCUCUUGUGAAAUGCUACAAAUGUCUUAUGAAAACAAUCUAUUAUGUACGAAUGAAAUGAAAUAAAUGAGUGCAAAAUGAAA